GAGAUCAAUGAAAUAGUGAUGCAUUUGAAAUCUGAUCGAUCGAUCGAUCGUUUCGUUUAUAGAUAAAGAGUCUUCGAUCAGUCAUCAAAUAAUGCUUACAUAAUAAACACUUCAUAACAGAGAAGAAGAGUUAACCAUGAUUACACGAUCGAAUCUGGCUGAACAACUAAGGGAAUAUCAGAUUCGAUCAAAGCACGACUGGGCUUCCGUCUCUUUCUUCUCCUCUUCAUCGACUCUCAGCUCUUCCAGGGUGGAUGUAGUGAUAUUCGUAAUAUGGGAACUGGUUAUCUUAGCAUCGUUGGUAUUUUCAGCCGUUUCAUUAUACUUUGGUCAUAUGAAACUUGCGUUUAUCUUAGUUUUUGUUAUGUUGGUGCUGCUCUUUUCCAUGAAGUUAGUAAAGCAAAUAAGACGCAAUAGGAAAAAGAAAAGGAGGAUGCUUCUUCCAUUAUCAAUGUAGAAGUAAGUAUACUUUUUUCUUUUCUUUUUAUACUCUCGAGUAACUCUGACAAAACUUAUAGAUUUAUCGAAAUGAUUAUUUUGAUCAUUCAU